AUGCACCAGGCGCAUCAUGAUACUCAGCUACAGAACAUUCGAAAUAUUGGUAUUAUUGCUCAUGUUGAUGCUGGCAAAACAACUACCACAGAGCGAAUGCUCUACUAUAGUGGUGUCACGCAACGUGUUGGAGAUGUCGAUUCUGGAAAUACUGUGACAGACUUUCUGGAUUUGGAGAGAGAACGAGGUAUCACCAUUCAAUCAGCAGCCAUCACAUUCAAAUGGCCGCUUCAUCAAUCACUCGCCCCAGGAGAACACGCAAAGACAAUCAAUCUUAUCGAUACUCCCGGUCAUCAAGACUUUCGUUUCGAGGUUGAUCGCUGUCUUCCUAUUCUCGACGGAGCAGUCUGUAUCAUCGACUCAGUCAAAGGCGUUGAAGCGCAUACAGAAAGAGUAUGGGGCUCUGCUCACGAGUUCAAAGUCCCACGUAUUGUAUACUGCAACAAACUCGACCGAGAAGGCGCCUCUUUCAAAAAGGCUGUUCUUGAGAUCGGUUCGCGUCUCAAAGGUUGGCCGCUGGUCUGCCAGAUUCCUUGGUGGGAGAAGGAGGAUUUUGUUGGUGUAAUUGAUAUCGUCAACAGAGUGGGCUAUCGAUGGAAGUCAGAGCGUGAAAAGACCGUCUACAAUACCGCUCAGCUGAAAGAAAAACUCUCAAGUUCUAACAAGGAUCUUCUUCCUGAAAUUGAGACUGCGAGACAGGCUUUGAUCGAGGGUCUUGCGGAUUUCGAUGAGGCUAUCAUGGAUGAGUUCCUCGCUGAGAACGAGAAUAUCGAUGCGGCUUUGAUCAAGCAAGCUAUCCGAAGAGUUAUUCGAGACGGUGACGGCCGUGUCAUUCCUGUGUUUGCAGGAUCUAGUUUCCGUCACAUUGGUGUUGAGCCAUUGAUGGAUGCUGUCACAGAUUAUCUACCAAGUCCAGAUGAGCGCCCAUCCGCAGAAGUUCGCGUUGGCUCAGCAAAACACCGUUUGAUCGAGGUGCUCGAAAACAGUUCCAAGACAGCCAGAAGUCAGGUUGCCUCGAUUGCUUCAGUUUUCAAGGUCUUCAACCACCCUAAGGAGGGUGUCAUCAGUUUUGUGCGAGUUUACCACGGCACUCUUACUAAAAACGCAGCGAGUUUCAACACCAAUAUCUUGAACAACGAAAAGCCUAUGGGAAUCCUUCAAGUUUCAGCAAACAUGACGCAGGAUAUUCAGACACUGGGGGUUGGUCAGAUCGGAGCUUUGAGAGGCUUGAAGAAAGCUCGAACAGGUGAUACACUCAUCACAAUGAACGGAAACAAGCCUAUUCCUGAAUCUUUCCGUCAUGUCAAGAUUCGACCACCAGAGAUCCCACCACCCGUUGCAUUCUUGCAAGUCGAGCCUUAUGGUAACGUUGCUGCCCAGCAACUCCAGAUUGCGCUUGAGAACACUACAAGAGAAGAUCCCAGUCUCCGGUACAGCCGGGACCCAAAGACCGAACAGUUUACUAUACAAGGUAUGGGCAAACUUCAUCUCGACGUGUCACUUUACAACAUGAAGCAAAAGUACAAGAUCGAUGCCGACUUCGGUCCUAUCGAGGUUGAUUACAAGGAAUGCGUCACAGAGCCUACGAGGCCACAAUACACAGUCUUUGACCGUCCUGUCGCAAGCAAGUCCGGCAAAGUAUCAUGCACCGUUGUCCUGGAGCCACUUGAGGAGCACCAUCGAGAGACUUUACUAGAAUCCAGCAUUGAGCGAGACGGAAACAUAUACCACGUCGCCAUUCCCUUGCCGGGAGAGAAUACCACUCUGAACUUUGACCCUGAAGAGGCGAGAGCGCAGCUUCUCAACGGUGCUAUUGCAGGUCUUGCGAGGGGUCCUCGUCGUGCAGCUCCCGUUCACGGGUGCCACGUUACCAUCACACUAGACACAGAACCUGGAGCAUGCGAGACACCUACCGGCGGCCACUUCAGCAGUGCAUCCAGGACGGCAGUGCAAGCCGCUCUCCGGGACGCAUUCGAGAAGGAGCAGAUUGGCGUUCUGGAACCUAUCAUGCUUGUCAACAUCACCUGUCCAGAGGUUGUAGCCGGCGCGGUGCAACACGACGUUACAGCCGGCGCAGGAGGACAUGUUUUGGAGGUCAACGACAGAUCUGCGGAGUCUACAGGUGAAGAUCAUAUUGAUGUGUCCAAGAUCUACACUCCUCCUGAUCCGUACGAUUCUAUUACUUCUUUGAGGGGUAAGAAGUCUUCGGCGAGGGUGGUUGAGAUUAUUGCAAAGGUUCCGUAUAAGGAGAUGUUGGACUAUGAUAAUCAUUUGAGGAGUAAGACUGCGGGACGGCACUCGAUGACCAUGUUCUUUGACUCUUUUGCUAAAGUUGUUGGACAUCGUGAGAAGAGUCUGUAG